GGUCUUUAAGCACCAUCUGAACCAAACGUUCAAUUCACCAUCAGCAAACUUAACAUGCUGAAUUAUACCGAACUAAACGUAGCAUUUGUUUCUUUCUCUGAGGAAUUUAUAUCAACAAAAAAUUGAACUGAAAUACAGUGUUACUUGGGCUGACGCUAGAAAGUCUAUAAAAGAAAACAUGUUUUAUUUUAAAAGAACGGUGACGCCAAUAUCUGGUCAUCUAUUAUGUGUUAAUACGCAAUUACUGCAGUAUUUUUUGUUUGAUGUCGUCGCAUUAUCGAAACCACGCCUCGCAAGCAAAUUUUUAUUUAAUUUCCAGGCAAACAUCUUGAAAAGAAUAUGUUCUGCAAACUGAAGAGCUGAAUAACUAAUUCACUUUCAUCACGUAUAAUUAUAAUAAUUAUUGUUUUUUCGUUGGAAAAUGGCCAAGCCGGAAAUUUCUAGAAAGCAUUACGCAUUGGUCUGACAUCAUCCCCCGGGUAACAAAAUGCUAAGGUAUUUACGGCUUGUCAUGGUUUCAAGUUUUCUACACAUUAAUGAAUGUCCAAGCAGUUUAAAUUUCCUCAAUUCGGGUCAAAAUACCGGAUGUCGCAAAGCAUAAGUAUUGUUCGUAUAAUAGUGCGUUUUCUUUUCGCCACUUUUCUACAUGACAAAAGCCGGCUGCUGCUUCCCGCCUCGAGACGGAAACAUAUUCACUACAUGAUCAUUAUCAAUCGCUUUUUUUUUUUAGUGGACCAUACUAAGUGGACCAGACGGCUCCCUGAAUUGAAUCAUCACAAAGUAAAAAUUGGUUACCUCUAUAAGAAUAUCUUUAAAAGAGAAGUCGAUACAAAGGAACAGUCACUCUGGAAAGAUGUGGACAGCAGCAUCUUUAAUAGUUUUUAUUUAUUCUUUGGGCGUUUGCAGAGGAUGUGAUCCAGACUUUCUCAAUGUAAAUCUUCUAGAGGAAGUUGAAAGCUGCAGCAGAAUUGACAAGUCGGUUUCUAUCUCCUGGCUCGAUAGGCCGCCUUACAUAUAUGACGAAAAAGCUCCAAGAAGUAGAAAAAACUCCGAGAAGUUACCAAUGAAAACGGCUAAUUCAAGCGAAGAAUCCCAAGAAAAGGAGAGCAAGGAGAAUGUUAAAGGUAUCUUCUACGAAAUUAUCAAUAAGGGACUGCGGUUAUGCGGUGCCAUAUCCCGAGGAGGAGCGAACUUCACGACGAAAGCUCAAGACCUAAAACAGCUCGACCAGUAUAUUGUGAACAACAUAGCCGACUUUGCCAUGCCAGUACACGGCAGCGACGACGGCACAUAUGGUGGAUACAGCUACGUUGAGAUCUUGAAGUCUCCAGGUGUCGUCUUCAUUGUGAACAAAGAAGAAACGAAGGAACAUUUACGAAAACAAGUUGCACAAGCCAUGAAGGACACUUGGCCCGUGAUCGUUAUAACACUCCUGUUAACUGGGUUUGCAGGAUUGGUAAUCUGGGGAUUGGUGAGUACACGUUUAUGUCGCAAAAAUAUUUUACUAAAAAAAUAUAUUACUUUGCUAAAAGAAGGAUAUAUGGNGGUUCCUAAGUCCCCUUUUGCUCGUUUCUUUGGAAUCCUGUGGAUUCUCACUGGCAUUGUCCUCUGUUCCUUCUUCACUGCAACUUUCACAAGCGCCUUGACAGCCUCGUCCAUCAAACAGCGAGAACCUCUGCUUGGGGUGAAGGUUGCGGUCAUUGCGGAUAGCCAUGCCUUCGAGGAGGCCAUGAAUCAUGCGGCAAACGUGAAAGACUAUCCCAACUUCUACCAAAUGUACGAUGCACUGGUGAAAACGAGAGAAGUGGAGGGAAUCUUAGCGGAUAUUUACACAGCCUCGUAUUACAUGGAAGAAAUCGACGACCCUCGAUUGGCCGUCUCCAUGACCUUGAGCAGUCAGCGCUCCAUUGGUUUAGUGAUCGGACAUGAUGAGAAUAACGAAGAGCUAUCCAAGACAGGGGAAUGCUUAAGAAAGUUAUUCAAAUACAGACAGCGCGAUAUCAAAAAGAUCAUCUUCCAACACACCCACGCUUUUCACACCCAAACCCAGAACCGCAGUUUGACAGAUGACAAUAACGACAUUUUGGCGUUACUGGAUGGCGACUCCCGCUGGUUUAGGAAGACUUUCCUCGCUCUUCUUAUAUCGUUUGUCUCGAUUCUGGCUAUUGGAUUUACAUACGACAACUGCAUCACAAAGUUGAGGGCCCAGAGACUUAGAAGACCUAAUGGUUGCAGCAUCAACUCGUUCAACUUGGAAGCCAGGUUACCGACCUGCAAACCAAAUCGCUGAAACAGCUUACUUGAAUGACAGCUUGGGAGUCAAAGAAUAAUUCACUUAAGGGUUUAGGCAUUCGCUUCGUUUGCUAACCUCAAACGAUAACUUAAGUAGUGAAAAACAAUAAACUCUGUAGCGUAAUUUGUGACGCAGAUUCUUACGAACUCGAGCAAUCACUCUCAAGGUAUUAGUAAGUGUAGGAAAUCGCAUGAGACCAGGAAAUCACGCUAGUUCUGUUCUGGCUCUUCUUCCGUCACGCAAUACUACGAACUAGGAGAAGAUCGAUCUCUGGUAAAAGAGUAUUCUCUCUGGAGCGUAGAGUUGCGUAGAGAGGGCCAGAAUUGGGCUAAUAUGGGGCGUGUUGCAGAAAUUUGUAGAAAUUCGCAUGAAACUGAGCUACUUGUUAAGACUGAAAACAAGUUAUAUUACUCCUUAAUCUUUUGAGGAAUUAUUCAAUAACUUUCUUUAAACAUAAGCGGAAAACUAUUAUGGCAAAUAUAUCGUAACUUAUCUUCGGCAAUCUUCGGGAGGUUAUCCUUGAAAGUCUUUGAAUCGUCUUCGGCAAUCUACGGAUGUAUUCCGCUCAUCUUCAGAGAUAACUCUUGCAAAUUUUUAAUCGUCGAGGAGUUUUGGGAAUCUUUGGAGUCAGUUUUCCUCCACGAACACAAAAUUACCAGCCUAUCAAAAUUCAGUAGGGUUGCCCACUACAUCAAAAAUAUGCCAUGUUUGUCACUUGUAAACAACUUUAUCCUUUUAAUUUAAUUCUUAUUAACAUCCGCUAACGAAUUUUAUGUACUUGAUACUUGUAGGUGAAGAGAUCAGAAAGCCAACUACUAAAAAUUUGAGACACAAUAAUAAAAGUGUUGUCAAAGUA